AUGAUAUUUCAUACAAUAAGGCAAUAUGAAAAUAGUCGAGAUGACGAGUCGUUCUUCUUUUCUUACACAGAUGAACCGACAUUCGUCGGAGACGGCACAAACAUCACAGUGGUUGAAGGACGAGACGCAACGCUUACUUGUAAAGUAGAGAAUUUACACAAUUACAAGGUGGCAUGGCUACGAGUGGACACUCAGACAAUACUUACUAUCGGUCCCCAUGUGAUAACAAAGAAUCAUCGCGUGUCGGUGACCCGCGGAGAUCCCAGAGCUUGGGCGCUGACGCUGCGAGAUGCAAGGCUCGCUGACGGUGGCUAUUACAUGUGCCAAAUUAACACGGAGCCUAUGAUAACGCAAACUCAUCAUCUGCAGGUUUUUGAUAUAGUGGACUCAAACAGCAGCAGCGAGGUGAUGGUACGAGAAGGCGAUAAUGUAUCACUACAUUGUGCCGCUUCUGGGACUCCACACCCCACCAUAGGCUGGAGGCGUGAAGACUUAGCCAAUAUACGAGUAGGCUUAAAAAAUGUAACUAAAUGGAGUGGUGCGUGGCUAAACCUGACUGAGGUAUCACGAGAGAUGAAUGGCGCCUUUCUAUGCAUCGCAACUAACGGAGUUCCACCAUCCGUCAGCAAGAGGAUACUGUUGCAUGUACUUUGUAAGCCGACAGCUAGGGCCGUUCAUAAGAUGAUAGGUGGGUAUCUGGGGGAUUCCGCGCUUCUGCUUUGUAACGUCGAGGCACAUCCAACGCCUGUUGUGUAUUGGAUACACACCGACGGCAAUAGAAUUCAUAAUGAAUCAAAGUACCAGGCCAGUGUACAAUCGCAUGGGUACAAACAUAUAGCAAUGCUGCGUAUAAUCAACGUGUCACGAGAUGACAUCGGCUCCUACAAUUGCCACGUGGAGAAUCCCCUGGGCUCCGCAAAUGAUGAUAUCACGUUUUACAAUAGCAGAACUAUCAUGGAGUACAAUAGUUGA